GAAAUCCUGAUUGUGAUCAUUUGGGUUAUUAUGGCGCGUCUGCUACUAGGGUAUACAACACACGAUGUCAUCACAUUGAGCCGACUGGGUUUCUAGCGUCAGGGAUGGCGAGCGAAGUGGAAAAGGCUAAAACUGCAACCCCCGGUGGAGACACGAUUUUCGGGAAGAUUCUUCGCGGCGAAAUCCCCUCGAAGUUCAUCUACGAAGAUGACAAGUGUGUGGCGUUUCAUGACAUCAACCCUCAAGCGCCCGUUCAUUUUUUGGUGAUCCCCCGUAAGGCGAUUGCUCAACUUUCGUUGGCUGAGGAAGAAGACGAAGCGCUCCUUGGGCACCUGCUCUUCGUCGCGCAAAAGGUGGCCAAGCAGCAAAACCUGGUUAAAGGGUUCCGCAUGGUGAUCAACGACGGCGUUGAGGGAUGCCAGAGUGUCUACCACUUACACGUGCACGUUCUCGGAGGACGUAUGCUUAACUGGCCUCCGGGCUAAUGUGCGAUCAGAGAGUUGCUAUCUGUUUCCUGAAAGUAGAUACGGCCCAAUAAAUUGACAAGUAAAUAUUUAAUAAUAUAAUAACUAUUUAAAAAUUACAUAUAUAUAUAUAUAUGAUUGAUACGGACUAGCAUGCGUUUGCAAAUGAGAUAGCGAAGUGCAGGUGCAAUAUGAUAAUACGUUCGAUGAAGUAUGGCCGUACCUAUUGGAAAUAAAUACCACGAUAUUUCUAGUA